AUGCCGGUCCUAGCCACCGGCGCCGCCACCACUGCUGCGGCGGGUGCAGUGGCCACUGGCGCGUUCAAGUACAACCGAGCCAACUAUCUCUUCGAUGCCGGCCUCCGCUUCUCCCGAUACACCUCAGGGUACAACUUCGCCAUGGCACAGGCCACACAGUACCGUCAAGACAUCCGCGACUUGACUGCCCUGACGGUCACCAAGAUGGACACCUACCACGUCAUUGGCGUGAUUUUCUUUGUGCUGAAUUUCCAGCUGAUCAUGGCUGGACGUUUGGGAGUGCACGGACCAUCACCUCCGGGCUACAUCAUGGGUCUCUACUGGGUGAACAUUUGCAGUGCCCUGAUGUUCCUUUGCGUGCUUAUUUGGUUCACUCUGCACGCCUCCGCUCGGGCCACCGCCGGCUCCGUGCACAUGCUCACGCGCACCGUGCGUCUGCCGAUCCCAACCCCAAAGCAGCUGGACAAGGCACGCCGCACCGGUAAUAUGUUCGAGAAGCAGCGCAUGACCGACGUCUUCCGCGUGCCCUUCGUGGUGCCAGCGCCCAAGGAAGCCACAGCUGAGGAGCAAGCGGACCCUGCCAAGAAGGUGGCGCCAGCUGGAAGCACCCGGAGGAUGCCCAAGUGGUACCAGGACGAGCAGAAGGAGCUGCAUGCCUCCAAGGGUGGAGCACAUCGCAAUGCGGUCCCCGAGCACUUCGAGCUCUACCGCGGCUUGCAACAGGAAUGGGCAGUGCACGACUGCUACUCGCGCAUUGGCAUCCUCUACUUCUUCUCGCACUGGCUCACCUCCGUCUCCUUGUACUCCCAGUGCCACUGCUUCGGUGAGCUGCGUGCGCUUUGGCCUGCCUGGAGCGUGACCUUUAUCUUCACCAUUGCUCAUUGGUGCCUCCUGAAGCUGGACAUUCAAGAGGAGUCCGAGAGCCGCUUCCUGGCCAUGCUGCCCAUUGAGCACCUCUUGCCCUUCACACCGAUUCUCACGGUUGCGGCCAUGUCCUUGGACUACAGCGUGCUGCGGCCGGGCGACGGUUGGAUUGCCGUGAUUUACUUGAUCUCUUGGGCUGCCUAUGUGAUCCACUUCUUGUGGGCCUUGAGGCUCUUCGAGCUGGCCAUGCCGCAUGCUCAGGCAGAUCCUCCUGAGAUCCCAGGGAAGCCAUGGACUCCAGGGGAGUGGCUGGGGGCGACGUUGCCGGCAGGUUCGCCAGCACCGUCUACAUCGUUGCGCCUCCCAAACAGCUCGAGCCUGGGAACACGUGCUUGCAGCAGGAGAUGA